AAUUGCCAUUGAUGGAGUUUGAAGAAGUUGCCAUGGCCACAAACAAUUUUUCUAACGCCAACAAGCUUGGACAAGGUGGUUUUGGUAUAGUUUAUAAGGGAAAGUUACUUGAUGGUCAAGAAAUGGCAGUGAAGAGACUAUCAAAGACAUCAGUUCAGGGGACUGAUGAGUUCAAGAAUGAGGUGUGGAGGAAUUGGAAAGAAGGAAAAGGGCUAGAGAUCAUAGAUCCAAUCAUCACAGAGUCCUCAUCAACGUUCAGGCAACAUGAAAUCUUAAGAUGCAUACAAAUUGGUCUCUUGUGUGUUCAAGAACGUGCGGAGGACAGACCAACGAUGUCCUUGGUAGUUUUGAUGCUCGGAAGCGAAUCAACAACUAUUCCUCAGCCCAAAUCGCCCGGUUAUUGCCUGGGGAGGAGUCCUCUUGACACUGAUUCUUCGUCGAGUAAACAGCGUGACGACGAAUCUUGGACAGUGAACCAAAUCACUGUCUCAGUCCUUGACGCUCGGUAAUUUGAAACCUACCUAGCCAAUCUGUUUAUACGCAUAUUAACUCUCUGUCGUGCUUAUGGUAAAUUUAAUGUAAAUUUAAAAAAGAACAAGAUUGGAGUAAAUCACAUUCUUUGGGUUUCCCUUUUACAUAGUCUGUGGAUGAGUAAGUACAACCCUAAGACAUAGCUGUUUAGCUAGUAGAGCUUGAUAAAAUCGUAAAGGGUAC